UAUCUGCUGACAGCCAGCUGUAUGCAAUUGGGCCCUGUCGUGAGGAUCGCACACUGACAUUUUCCCCCAGUACCUCUUCAAAGAGAGGAGCAGAACCAAUGUAACAGUACAAAUUCUUAUUGUCCAUUUGUUGAAAGAGUCGGGGAAACAUUUGGAUGACGUUUGCAAAACCAUGUUGCUUGCAUACGCGAUUUGACUAAUCCAUAACUCAAACAUCUCUAUUGUACACCAAUCCAUGGCAAGGUUGGAGACAACCUACACGACAACCUAUAACAAUGCGGAUCAAAUACAAGGGGGUUGGUACCACCUCGUUUCCUUCCUCCAUUCUUACACAAGACCAUUCUAAGCACAAUAGGUCCAUGACGUCUUUGGAGACAUUCAUUCAAUCCACAUGUCACGCAUACAUUACAGUACUAACCAGUAAAAGUGUAUUUUGUGUAUAAAGCUACAGUUUUGUUGUUUUAAGAUUCAGUUUUUAAUUAACAAACAUCAGUCGGAGAGCAAUGUUGGGUUCUGCUAUGGUCGUGUUUGUGGCUUUGUGUCUGGCCUCUGCGUUCGCAGAAGGAAACGUGGAAUGUCCAGACCCAGGGAUGCCGGUUGGAGGAAUGAGACAGGGCCCGUCUGUAUUUUCAACUGGAAGCAAAGUAUAUUUUGAGUGUCCCGACGGAUUUGAAAGGGUUGGUUCCCCCGUGUCUGUAUGCCAAAACAGUGGCGAUUGGUCUCUACCUGUACCAAGGUGCAUUGCUGAUUGUGAUUCACUAGAAGCUCCAGCUAACGGUGAUGUCUCCACUAAACAAGGCAAAUAUGGAAGUGUAGCUCACUUUCAAUGUAACCAUGGUUACAGCUUGGUAGGCGCUAGAGCAGUCACAUGUAUGGAUGGACAAUGGAACCACGAGACGCCAUCUUGUUUCGCUGAUUGCGAAGUAGGUGAAUCCCCAUCAAAUGCACAAACCAGUGGAAGUAGAGGUCAUGGUGACAUACAAUAUUUCAAGUGUCUGCAGGGCUACCAGUUGAUUGGACCAAGCAUGGUCACAUGUAAAAAUGGAGCUUGGAGUGAAGCUUACCCAAGUUGUCUGCAAGAUAUCAUGGUUUAAAUCGUAACUUUAAUAUGAAAACCGAUGUAGACCUAUAGGGCCUACUUGUAUCAUUCAAUAAUGUCCAUUCCAUACGGUUAUGACAACUUUUGUAAAAGCAACACCAACAAGACAAUCACUUUAUGUUGAUACUGUUUAUCAACAUUAUUUUAUUCUCAUCAUUUUAAAGACAUUGGACACUAGUAUAGACUGUGCAAGUCUCGCGCAUAUUUGAACUUCCGGAACUUUUGUGGUCCCAAACUUAUGGAGUUUUACGUUGGGGAGAUUUGUUUCGUCCAUUAUUUUAGUUUAACGUAAUUUAUGACCAUGAAAAUAACAUAUGUCAUUGCAAAUGUAAUACUAAUUAACAACAUAUAUACAAGUAAAAAUAAAUUCAACAAAAACACGAAGAAAAACCGAAAUUUAAACUUGACCUGAGGUCAGGUUACUUGAAAAAAAAAAUUGUGCUGGGUUCUAUUUCUAUGGUAGGCCUAGUUUCACAUUCGGGCGUAGAUUUACAAAAAGGGUUUUAAAACAUUUGAGAUCAAAUAAACAUCCUUGUCUCAGAGUCUAUACAUAAACUAUAACCGAUUUAUUGUAUAAUUAUUUGUUUUAAAAGCUAAUUUAAUGAACGUUUAAAUAAACGUUUUAAAAUAAUUACUCGCUUUAUGCAAAUGUUUAGUCUAGCGUCACUUUAUUUUGCGAAUAAUUAAUAUUUGAAAAAGUUUACUUCACGUCUGAUUUCUGCAGACUACAUUCCACCAUGACUUUAACUACGAACCAAAAAUACCCCCUUGCCAUUUUCCGAUACAGAGCAAUUACUUUUCAAGAAUAAUACUGCGGAUGAAUAGACAUCCGCCCGCCCCAGAAAGUAACAUCUGGAUACACAAAAAGUUGCAACAGGAAUAUUCAGCCCUGGGGGUGCACGAUGCACAAAGUGGAUCUAAAAAAAGCUAAAGUCAUAUGAAACACAGGGAAAGGAAAUGAAAGAGUAUUUCCCUUAACAAAACAAAUUCAGCUGGUCAACAUUUAUGUAACGAUACACCGCUCUCUAACGAAGGAUACGUGAUGAAUUUUAUAGACCGUACUUUAAUAUGCAGCAUCAGAGUCCAGAACACGAUCCGGGCAUAACAAACUAGAAUGCACUUCCUAAAUCAUGAGUAUUCUGUUACUCAGUUGAGCCCGUAUGUAUGGUGUGAGUCAAAAGAGGACGUCAUCAGACGUUUUGUCCCAAAACACGCCCCCCCCCCCUCAAGAAGACAACAUAAAAUGUUAUUGUCAGCUCACCAUAUUGUGACACUCAACAUUAUAAUGUCGCAAUAGUUGUGAGCUGUCAAUAGUUUUUUCUUUUUGUUAGGGAGGAGGGGGUGGGGACACCAAAACUUCAGACAAACCCUGAUGAAGGUCUGUUUUGAAAUAUGUAUACAAAAU